AUACAGCUAACGCCACACACGGUGGUGCUGCACGGUCCGGCGGGCGUGGGGAAGACCACUCUGGCCAAGAAGUGCAUGCUGGACUGGACGCAGGACAGCCUAGCGCACACCCGCCCCGUUGCCUUCUGUCUCAGCGGCAAGGUGCUCAGCCGCAAGGCGACUUGCUCCUUCGCAGAGCUGCUGGCCGAGAGCGCCCCAGACCUGCAGCGCGCCCUUCCGCAGGUCCCGGCCCCGGCCCCGGCGCACAAGCUCCUGCUGGUCAUUGACGCUUUCGAGGAGCUACGCGUGCCCUGGGGCACGGGCGCGCUGGCGCACGACCUGGGGGGCGACUGGAGGACGCGGAGGCCUGCGCCGGUCCUCCUGGGCAGCCUGCUGAAGAGAAAGCUCUUCCCCACGGCCACUCUGCUGGUCACCACGCGGCCCGAGGCCCUGAGGGAACUGCGGCUCCUGGUGCAGCAGCCGCUCUUGGUGGAGAUGGAGGGGCUCUCCGAGCGCGACAGGAGGGCGUAUUUCCUGCGACACUUGGGAGAGGAGGCUCAGGCGCUGCGCGCUUUCCAGCUGAUGAGAAGCAACGCGGCGCUGUUCCGCAUGGGCGCGGCGCCCGCCGUGUGCUGGAUGGCGUGCACCUGCCUGAGGCUGCUGAUGGCCGAGGGCGCGGACCCCCGGCCCACCUGCCGGACCGCCACGUCCCUGCUGCUGCGCUUCCUCUGCAGCCGGUUUGCGCCUGCGCGGGGCCAAGGCCCGGGUCCGCACCUAGCGGCUGCCCUGCAAGUCCUGUGCCUGCUGGCCGCCGAGGGCACACGGGCGCAGACCUCGGCGUUCGACGGACUCGACCUGCGCAGGCUGGGGGUGCACGAGUCUGACCUGCGCCCUUUCCUGGACCGGGGCAUCCUCCAGAAGGACGGAGACACUGGGGGCUGCUACCGCUUCGUCCACCUGAGCGUCCAGCACUUCCUGGCCGCUGCGCUCUGCGUCCUGGGGAGCGAGGGCCGCCAAGAUGCAGGGAGCCCCACCUGGCACGCUGGGGCUGUGCAGAGGCUGCUCUCCAAGGAAGAAGGCCUCAAGAACCCCUACCUGGCCCCCGUGGGGCGCUUCCUGUUCGGCCUCGCCAAUGAAAAGAGGGCCGGGGAGCUGGGGACCACCUUUGGCUGCCCAGUGUCCACUGAGUUCAAGCGGGAGCUACUGGAAUGCACAGUGCGGUCCCCUGAACACAGACCCUUCUCCUCGGUGACAGACACGAAGGAGACCUUGUAUUGUCUCUACGAAUCCCAGGAGGAGCAGUUUGUGAAGGAGGCCAUGGCCCAGGUCACGGAAGUGUCCCUGCAUUUGGAAGAUACCUCGGACCUGGUGCACGCAUCGUUCUGCCUCAAGGGUUGUGACCGCUUGCAGAAAAUGUGGCUGUGGGUGGCAAAGGGGACGUUCCUGGAGAACGAUACCGCAUGGGGAUCAGAAGCUCAGGCUGACCGGUAAGGACCUGCCCUGUUCACUCUGUUAGUGCCCUGGCUUCAGCCUCAUGCCCUGUUCCUAGUCAGUUCCUCUGCCCCUUUUCAAUCAAUUUCUAAAAUUGGGUUGUAUGAGUUCUUUAUGUG